UCGGUCAGCUUAAUAUACAGAUUGUUCUACAAUUAAAUUUACCGGAAAUAUUAAAAGGAUGUCUAAAAAACCGAGACAAUCCCACAAUUCGAAAUCAAAAUCUUUCUUUAAUAUACUAGCAGCAAUCAUUUCGUCAGUAAGAUCAUUCAUAUUUGCUUUGUCGUAUCCAAAAGCAGCUGAAUUAUCUUAUAUCGCCACAAUUACGCCAACGAAACAAGAAUUAUUCGCGGACAUUGACACCAUUACUCCGUCUGAUAAAAAUCAAAUUAAAAUUUUGGAGAUAGGAGUUGGACCUGGUUAUAAUCUGGAUUUUUAUCCCAAACAAUGUCGAUUAAUUGCUCUUGACAAGAAUCGAUAUUUCGAAGAUAUUUUGCGUAAAAACUUACAGAAGCAUCCCGGAAUUAUUUUGGAAAAAUUCGUCACUGAAUGUGCGGAAAAUAUGACCUCGAUACCUUCAAAUAGUGUUGACGUGGUCGUUUCAUCCAAUGUACAUUGUAGUGUCGACAACAGUCAAAGUGUUUUAAAAGAAAUAAGGAGAGUGUUAAUACCAGGUGGACGUUAUUACUUCUUCGAACAUGGGCUUGAUGAGCCACAUACUAGCCGCUACAAAUGGCAAAAAUUUGUGAAUAAGACUCGCUUGUGGGCGUUGGCUUGGCACGGAUGUAUUUUUACUGACUUUGAACCGGAGCUAUCGAAAUUCGGACUUUUCAAAUACAAAGGCAAGCGUUACACGAUACCGAACCAAUCAAUGGUCAAUUUUCCAGUUUUUCUGGUAUCUUCGCAUUACGUGGGCUGUGGAAUAAAUGAGAAAUAAAUGUGAAAAGAGUAAGCUAACUAUGACGUGUUGU